AUGGAAAAUGCAUUUGAACAAACUAUCAUCAAUCGCCUAAGGACUCUAAAUCAUACCCAGCGCUCCAUCGAGAAGACUUCCCGCGCUUUCUUAAAAAACCGGCAUAUGGCAAAAGAGCUCGUGAAGCUCUGGUUCAAAGAGUUUCGCUCAGCUGCCGACAAGCUGAAACUUGCUUUUCUGCAUCUUGUCAACGAUGUUGUUGUCAGCGGAUCCCAAAAGGCACCCCAAUUCGCGCAACUCUUCGAACCUGUUCUUUCUUUUGCCUUUCGAGAGACCGCUAGUGUUCAGUCGCACCAUAUCCGAUCAGCAGUGGCGCAUUUAUUGGUCGUGUGGGCCGAACGGCAAAUUUACCCACGCUCCUUCUUGCGCCAACUUCGUACAACUUGUCAACGAGCCGCUUUACAGGCUGACGCAGCCAAUCCAGCAAAAAGUAGUUCAAAGCCCUCCCCAUUCGAUUUCUCCUUUACCUGUGCCCUCAUCAACGCAUCGGCGGCCACGCAUCAGCCUCCGUCCCUCUCUCCUGCCGCACUCACAACCACUCCCACACCUGAUACAGGUAGCGGUGGCGGUUCUAUGUCGCCAUGUACAAACCUGGCGGUGUUCAGAGAGGAGUUGCAGCAAGACCUGGAAUUAGAAGCGGUAAAACCGCCGGACACUGGGGAUUUGAUCAGGCUGUUAGAGGCUCUUCAAAGUGCUCCCUCGGCCAACGCAAUCACGCGUCAGAAGAUUGCAGACUUUCCCGCGGAAGUCUCAGAUCCUCAGGUUGCGACGAAAAUGCUCUCGGAAGGCGUUGAUAAGAAAACUGUGGUUGAGCGAAUUCAAGUUGCUCUGCGCCAAUUGGAGUCAUAUAACCACAGCCUGGAUGAAGAGAUGGUCCAGCGUCACAACUUGAAUUUGAAUCUACGUGCCUACAAAAAGGCAUUGAUAGAGGCCUGUCAACAAUCUCGAGCAUGGAUUCAAAAAAUUCGUGAAAAGCAGGCCGAUGCAACCUCCCUGCAAACGAGCUUGGACAGUCAUAUGCGAAGUCUCCCAGACGAUCAAAAGUACGAGAGCGAAUUUCUGGCACCGUUGCCCUCCGUUGGGGAUCUGUUUCGUUAA